AUGAGAAUAUCAGCAGCUACACCCGACCUGGAUAAAAGAUGUAAUUAUAAUCCUGCCCUCACCUCCUACUCCCCCUCCUUUUCUUCUUCCUCCUCUUCAUUCUUCUCUUACUCCUACCCCUCCUCCUUCUUCUUCGCCACCGCCUCCUCCUUUUUCUUCUCCUUCUCCUCCUUCUUCUUCUCUUCCUCCUCCACCCCACUCCUCCUUCUCGAUCUCCUUCUUCUCCUUCUCUUACACCUACUCCCCCUUCUCCUCCUCCUCCACCUCCUUUUUUUCUUCUCUUUCUCUGCCUUCUUCUUUUUCUUCUUCUUCUCUUCCUCCUCUUCCCCACCCCUUCUUCUUCUUCUCUUACUCCUACUCUCCCUUCUUCUCCUCCUCCUUCUUCUUUUUCUUCUUCUUCUUCUCUUCCUCCUCUUCCCCACCCCUUCUUCUUCUUCUCUUACUCCUACUCUCCCUUCUUCUCCUCCUCCUUCUCCUUUUUCUUCUUCUUCUUCUCUUUCUCAGCUUUCUUCUUAUUCUUCUUCUCUUCCUCCUCCUCCCCAAUAUUUCUACUCUAUCUCCUUCUCCAUCUCUUACUCCUACUCCACCGUCUUCUCCUCCCCCUCUUUUUUUUCUUCUUCUUCUUCUCCUUCUCCGCCGCCUUCUCUUUCUUCUUUUUCUUCUCUUCCUCCUCCUCCUCCUCACUUCUACUUCUCGUUCUUCUCCUCCUCCUCCUCCUUAUUGUUAUCUUCCUCCUUCCUUCUUCUCCUUGCCCUCUUUUUUCUCCUCCUCCUCCUCCUUUUCUUCUUCUUCUCCUCCUCCUCCUUAUUGUUAUCUUCCUCCUACCUUCUUCUUCUCGCCCUCCUUUUUCUCCACCUCCUCGUCCUCCUCCUCCUUAUUCUUCUUCUUCUUCUUUUUCUUCAAAUCCCCCUUAUUUUUCUUCUUCUUCUUUGUGUCGUAUCUCUUUAG